CACAUUCCUUGCCUGCUACGCUCUUCGCCCAGUCGCAUCUUCUCUCUCUCCACCGCAAACAUGAGCGACCGCCUCAAGUCCAUCGCCUCCCACGUGACGCCCGCCACCAGCGGGCUGUCGGCCAUCACCACCAAGAACCCCGACGACAUCGUCAUCACAUUGGCCAUCCGCACGCCCCUCACAAAGGCCUACAAGGGCGGCUUCAAGGACACGACGCUCGACGGCAUCGUUGUCAAGACGCUCAAGCAGGUCGUCGCCAAGAUGAACAUGGACCCUGCCCUUGUAGAGGACAUUUGCCUGGGCAACGUGUCCAGCGCAAAGGCCGCCUACUACAUCCGCGCCUCGAUGCUCGCCGCCGGCUUCCCCAACACCACGUCCGGCUCGUCGGUGAACCGCUUCUGCUCGUCGGGCCUCAAGGCCGUGCAGGACAUUGCCAACCAGAUCUCUCUCGGCAACAUUGAGAUUGGUCUGGCCGUCGGUGUCGAGAGCAUGACCGAGGGAGGAGACAGGCUCGAGAGGCCCUUUACCGGCGAGGUGCUCGAGAACCAGGAGGCCACCGACUGCAUGCAGCCCAUGGGCCAGACAUCAGAGAACGUCGGCAACGACUUCAACAUCUCGCGUGAGCGCCAGGACAGGUUCGCCGCCGAGUCGUACCGAAGAGCCGAGGCUGCCCAAAAGGCCGGCCUUUUCGACGAUGAGAUUGUGCCCAUCCCCGUCGAGAUCAAGGACCCCAAGACGGGCGAGACCAAGACCGUCGUCUUGACAAAGGACGAGGGUAUCCGACCAGGCACCACCUUUGAGAGCCUCCAGAAGAUCAAGCCAGCUUUCCUUCCCCACGGCGACAAGUCUCACGCCGGUAACUCUUCGCAACUUACCGAUGGUGGCGCUGCCGUUCUUCUUAUGAAGCGCUCCACUGCCCAGAGGCUCGGCCAGCCUAUCCUCGCCAAGUACGUCGGUGCCACAGUUGCUGGACUCGCCCCAAGGAUCAUGGGCAUUGGCCCCUCGGUUGCCAUUCCUAAGCUCCUUGGCAAGUUCAACCUUACCAUCGACGACAUCGACCUCGUUGAGAUCAACGAAGCCUUUGCAUCCAUGGCCGUCUACUGCAUGGAGACACUCAAGAUCGACCACCAGAAGCUCAACGUCAGGGGUGGUGCUAUCGCCCUCGGCCACCCGCUCGGCUGCACAGGUGCACGACAAAUCGUCACUGGUCUGAGUGAGUGCAGGAGGCAAAAGAAGAAGAUUCUCCUCACCAGUAUGUGCAUUGGUACUGGUAUGGGUAUGGCAGGUCUGUUCGUCAACGAGCAGAAUGUUUAGUAUGUUUCAUGAUCUCGAUAGCACUUGUAAAAUUUCACGGGUUGGGGUUUUUUCUUAGCGGCCAUGUUAUGCAUUUUAGCCGUGUACGAGAUACUUUGCGAGUGGAUAGAAUACAGCUUCAUGCAUUGAUUUUCACCUUUGGGUCGCAAUAAUAUCG